UGGUUGGGCAGGCGCUGGCGGUGGCGAUGGGGGGGAGAGGGGAGAAGCCAAGGCGGCGAGACUGAGGACAUCGAUGGCAGAGCAGAGGCGGAGAAAGGCGAGCAAGCAACAGCGGAAGACUCCUCCGCCGGCAGGUGGGGCUGGGCUGGCCACUGGUCGGAACUCGGGGAGACGCGGAUCGGUGGUCCAGCAGAGGCUGCGGACACUGUCGUCGGGCAAGGGCGAUGGGAGUGUGGCAAGAGUCCAGAGGCUGGGUUCGGUCUUUCGUCAUGAGUCGUCGCUCAAGUCAGCACGUGGCGGGAAUCCGUCGGUUGUCUUUGACUCGGUCGAGGGCAAGCGACUCAUCGGCGCGUCGACCCGCGGCAGGCUCCUCGACGUGUUGCUUGAUCUGGAGCUGGAUCCAGAGUUUGCUGACAAGGACUUUGUGGAGACCUUUGUACUCACGUAUGAGUACUUUAUGACGCCAACCGAGCUGCUCGAGACGCUCAUCGAGUUCUACUUUCCCGACAUUCCCGACUCGCUCGAUCCCAUGGCGCGCAAGCUCUUUCUCCGUGGCGUCCGAGUCACCCGCGAGCGCAUUGUGGCGGUGAUGGAGACGUGGGUCGAGCAGGACGUGGAGGACUUUUGGUACACGCCGGGCCUGUACCACACGCUGAUGGCUUUUGUAGAUGAUGCAGCGGCCGAUACGACCGAGCCGCACAUGCUCGACGCACUGUUCCGGGUCUCGCGCGCCGUCGUCGCCGCAGAGGCCUCUUCUGGACUCAAGGACGCGCCACUCGACGACGUGCGAAGCGCGGUGAGCGGCUUGCCGCGCGAGGUUCGCGAUCCGGCAAGCUUCAACGUGCUCAAGAUCUCGCCUGAGGUUCUCGCGCAGCAGAUCACGCUCGUCGACCACGCGUACUACCGGUCAGUCAAGCCGACCGAGUGCCUCUGGCUCGGCCCAGACAUGGCAGUCCGCGAGCUGUAUGGGCCAUCUCCCAAUCUGGCGGCGUGGAUGGACCGCUCGUUUGCGUGGGCCGACUGGGUCUGGGCAUCGAUCCUCAACGGGAGCAGCAACUCGGAGCGGGCCAAGCUCAUCGAGCACUUUGCCGCCGUUGCCGACGCCUGCCUCCUCCUCCGCAACUUCAACACGAGCUGCUGGAUCAUUUCAGGCCUCCACGACAACACCGUGGCUGACAACCGGCUCCGCACUGUGUGGGCCAAGGUCAAGCCGAGCGUCAAGGCGCGUGUCGAGCAGCUCAAGGCCGACUUUUUGCAAAACGGCUUUGUACACUACAAGAAGGAGAUGGAAGCCGACGCGGAGCUGCCGAUGGUUGCCCUCAUGGCGGCGUACAAAAAGUGGUUCGUCACCAUCGACAUGUCCAACAAGGACACCACCGCCGACGGCCUCAUCAACUUUCUCAAGCUCCGUGACAUUGGAACUACCAUCCGCCGACGGGUGGAACAAGUCGCUGGAGAUCGAGGCGUGGAAAGGUAA